AUGGACUCCACCGUCACCAUCAAUAAGAUUCUCCAAACAGAAGACCAGCCAUCGACGCCUUUAGCAAAAGAGCUGAAGCGGAAGAAGCGUGAAGGCGCCAAUGUACUUACACCUCCUACCACAGGACUGGUGGCUGGAACACGUCAACUAACCCUUCAACCUCCUAACGAACUAUCUCACCUGGCAUCCAAUCCACGUCCUGGGAAUCUAAUUGUCGACCUGCCACCAACUUCUAUUACAAUGCCGCGCCCAUUUUAUCGCUCUAUCUCGCGAGUCAUUGAUACGCCUCGUUUCUCAGUUGAAGAUGCUCAAACGGCACCUUCAAUUUGUCCUCCUUCAAUUCUCCGUAACCUUAGACGCGUUGAAGAAGAUAAAACAACAUCUCCUCUCAUUCCCUCUUCUCAGAGUCAAAAUCUACUGGACCGGUCAGGACAGAACCCUUCAAUCACCCAUGCCUUCUCUGUGAUGACUGCAAGUUACAAACUUGCAUCGGAGGGCUCAAAUCGAGACGUUGACUCUGAGCCUGGUGCAAUUCCUUUUAUUGUGAGCGACGACGAUAAUGAAUCGACAGUAGGAUCCUCCCAAACUCAACCUCUGAGCACCUUUCAUGUUUCACCGCGAAAGCUUCCACCUUCGUUGUCGCGAACUUCUCUGUAUAAUUCUGACACCUUCUCACUCGACAUGAUUCCAAGUUCACAAAGUCAAGAGAACGAACUCAUAAUUCCUUGUGGAAAGCAGGAUGACGGAAGGCUACGGAAGGCUGUGUCUCAUAUACCUGCGACUUUUAAACGGGACGACCGCCUGCCCCAAAGAACCUUGUCAGACGAGAUGUUCUCUGUGCCGAUUCAGCCGUCAAUUUUCGAGCACAUCUUUUCGGACGAUAAGGGCCCAGAAAUCAAGCUUGCGGCAAUGGUCCAGCCAGCCACAGAGCAAGGAUCUGAAUCCGAAUCCGAUACAGAGAACCCUCGAUUGGAACUGAACUACCUGUAUUCGAAGCGACGAUCCAUUUCUACCGUCUAUUUCCCGCUCCCUGAAGCCUGUGGGUCAUCCUUGCACAGUCACUCGCAGAACAUCCGCACACAGGAUUCCUCAUUUCUCGAGCCUUCCAUGUCCAUGAACACCCAAGGAUCCACUUCGUCCUUACCUGUGGCUGUCAAGGAAUUUCAGGCGAUGUUCGAUGACGUUGAUGAAAGCUAUCCUCCAGAUUUCCCUGCCUCGUUGCGACGCGAAUUCUCGUAA